UACAUGACAGUCAUCUCAUGACACCACAGUCAGGGUUUUAAUACUUAACCAUUACUAUUUCCUAAUUUACCUAGUUCCCCUUCACCCAUUUCCAACAGGUUUAACCAUAAACUUCCACAAUGCCUCUCGGAUGGUACCUUGCCCAGGGCUUAUACCCUCUUGCCCCAUCCGACAGCGAUGAUGAAGAGGGCGCGUGUGAAUUGCCCGAUGGCCGGAUCGUCUGCGGCCCACACGGGCUCGUAGUAUGCGGAAAGUGUUGCACAGAUUAUUCUUUCAUGGACGACAAUUCAAGUGACCUUGAGGAGCAGGACGAAGGUGAUGAAAGUGACAGCUCGGCCGAUCAUCCAGAAAGCGAACAAGAUUUUGAUAUCGAAGAACUGCCCUUCGAAAAGAAGAGAAGGGGCACCGGCCAAGUAUUCCCUACCAAAUUCACUCCUCCGACACCUUUCAGCAUUCCAACACAACUCUUCCCCGGUCGUAGAACUUAUAUGCAGUGGACAAGAUACAUCGAUCGCAACGAUCCACGCUCUGUUCUCAUUUUAACUGACGGUGCGUGCUUGAAUAAUGGCCAGCCGAAUCCUAAGGCCGGCUGGGCUUUCGUCCACGGGCCAGGACUCACUGGUCAACCCGCGGUCGCAUCUGGUAGGCUUGAGAGCAAGGGGCCUUUUGGCGAUGAGAGCAUACAGAGUAGCAACAGGGCCGAGCUUCGCGCCGUUAUCGCGGCUCUACGCUCCCGAGCCUGGGAAGGUGAAGGAUUCAAUACCGUUACCUUCGCCACCGACUCGGAGUAUGUGGUUGAAGGUGCUACAUCAUGGGCGAGGAGGUGGAUUACCAAUGGUUGGAAGACGAGCAUGGGAGCAGAUGUUAAGAAUAAAGACCUUUGGGAAAUGCUUCUAGGCGAGGUUGAGAAGGCGAACGAGGAGAGGCUCUCUGUCCGCUUCUGGAAGAUCCCGAGGGAGUAUAAUAUAGUUGCGGAUGUAGCUGCGAAGGCGGCGGCCUCAGAGGGAAACGUACCAGAUAGGUGGGUGGAGACGGUGGGUAUCGCAAUAUAGCUUUCUCGCUAUCUAAGCACCUAUG